AUGAACGAAUUUAAGCACUGCGAGACACAAGAUCAAGCGAGAAUUGAGAGAGAAAGAGCACGCGACACAGAAUCAAACACGAUGAAGCUCAGACUCAGAUCCUUGGAAUCCAAAGAAACCCUCAAAAUCAACGUCCCAAAUUCCUGUUCUCUGCAGGAACUCAUCGAUACCGUUUCUCAAACCAUCACCUCUUCUUCCUCUUCUCUGCACCUUUCCCUCAAUAGAAAGGACGAAAUCCGCGCCACUUCGCCGCACGACUCUCUUCACUCCCUUGGCGUUGCCGCCGGCGAUCUCAUCUUCUACUCUCUCAACCCCACCGCCUUCUCCCCCGAAGCCCUCCCCCAUAAGUCAGAAACCGCUUCCCGCGACGGACCCACCAUCCAAAAAUCGCCGAAAACCCUCGACGGCGAUGCCCCCUCCAUCCCCGCUCCGCAAAAGUCUCCGAAUUUGGACUCCACAGAGGUGGAAACCGUCGAAAUGAUUGAUGGGUCUGACGAGGCGGUGGUGGUGAGUACCAAUUCAGAGCCUUUCUUUGUGAGAAGGGUUCUUAAGGAAGCCCUCGGAGAAAACGUUAGUAAUUUCAAGCUGUUAGUGCUUACGGUUCACGGUGUGAUUCUUGAAUCCGGGUUUGUUAGAAUUGACAAGGACUCAGGUACGGCGGUUAGUGGUUUUCACCUUUUUGAUGAUUCUCAUUCGCCGUUUUCUUCGGUGAUAUCGUUGAGGUACACUCUGGCUGAUAUUCUGGCUAAUGGUGCUUCUCAUAGUGUGAAUUUGAAAUUUCAGACACUGGGGCAAUUUGUGAAUGUAUGUGGGUCGUUGUAUGAUGAUAAUGGGUCGAGGUUGCACAAUGUUUGUUUGGAUAGAUGUAAAUAUGUUAAGGCUUUAGAGUUGAUGCUGGCAAAUUCUGAAUCUAAGGGCAGUGUAAUUGACGGGGAUGAUAUUGUCUUUGGGAACGAAGUUUUUGAAAUGUGGAAGUUGGUAAAAGAUAGACUUGCACUGCCACUGUUGAUUGAUCUUUGUGAAAAGGCUGGGUUGGAUCUUCCACCCUGUUUCAUGCGGCUACCGAUGGAGCUUAAGAUCUUGAUUUUGGAGCGUCUUCACGGUAUUGAUUUGGCCAAUGUGGCUUGCACCUGUUCAGAGUUGCGAUACCUGUCCUCCAGCAAUGAGUUGUGGAAGAAGAAGUAUUUGGAAGAGUUUAGACAAGGAAGAGAUAUUAGAGGGUGGCUUUUCAAGGAUUUGUUUGGUGUCACCUGGCAAGCCAAAAAGAGGUGGCUUGGGGUUCCUUUUGGACGACGUGGAAUUACAAGAAACUUUAUUCUCCCACCCAAUCCUCUUAGACUGCCUCCUGCUCCAAUUCGGGGUGGAGAAUAUGGUAUGCAGCCAGUCUUCUGUGUUGCAUUCCCUAGAUAUCAACCAAGGCGGAUUAUCAUUCCCCCGUGUAUAUUGAGAGAUUUCAAUCCAUAA